AUGGCCUCAAAGACAUCGACCGCUCUUGCCCUCUUCCUCGCCAUCAACCUUAUCAUAUUCAACAUGAGCGCGGCCACGACCUACCCGACAUGCUCGAAGGACAGCCUCCAAAUAUCGGCAUGCGCCAACGUGCUUAACCUCGUGAGCUUGACCAUUGGAAGCUCAUCAUAUCAGCAGUGUUGCUCUCUCAUCAAUGGCCUCGCCGACCUCGAGGCGGCCGUCUGCCUUUGCUCCUCCCUCAAGCUUAGCGUUCUCGGCAUCACCGUUGAUACUAAUGCCCAAAUCAGUCUGAUCCUCAACGCCUGCCGUGGAAGUUCCCUUCCAAGCGGCUUCCAGUGCCCUGCCUAA